GGCGAACUCGAUACAACACCUCUGCGUAUCCCAAAAAGAAUGACGACAGGAACGACGACAGUGGUAUCCUCCCCCGGCAAGGUACUCAUCGCAGGAGGAUACCUUGUCCUCGACACACACUACUCUGGUCUAGUCAUCGGCACUUCUAGCAGAUUCUACUCUUGUGUCUCGAGCCGCGCAACGUCAAGCCGCGCAACGUCCAGCACGCCAAGCAUCGAUGCCGAUACCAACACCGGCAUUGACACAGACACUUGUCAAAAUAAAGCGACCAUCUCGGUACGCGCCGGCCAAUUCCCUCCCGACGCUUCGACAUGGGUCUACUGCAUCUCAAAACCUUCUGCUUCUGCUUCUGCUUCCGCCGGUGAGGACGGCGAAGAAGGUGAAGAAGGUGGAGAUGGGACUUUAUAUCUUAAACUAGAGCAGACCAAUGAAGAGCAAGCGGGUAAAAACAAAUUCAUCUUUAUCACGCUUUGCAAAGUGCUCGAGUAUGUUUACGAAUCCAUCUUGGCCCACGUUGGGGAUGAGGAAACAGCAUUGGACGAGUUGAUGAAGCGGAUAAAAGGUGGUGGGGGUGGUGAGGACGGUUUGGACGUGGUCGUCUUUGCGGACAAUGACUUUUACUCUCAACGCGAGCAGCUCACAUCGCUAUCCCUCCCAACCCGGAUAUCAUCCCUUCCCCAUCUCCCGCCAUUCACCCCUCUUCCCCGCCCAAUCCCCGCAACCAACAAAACCGGCCUCGGCUCCUCUGCCGCCCUAGUCACUUCCCUCGUCGGAUCUUUGCUCUCCCACCUCCAUAUCACCCAUUCCUCUCCAGAGGGCAGUAUCGCAGAUGACGACAAGGCUGUCAUUCACUCUGUCGCUCAGCUGGCGCACUGCCAAGCGCAGGGUAAAGUUGGAUCAGGUUUCGACGUUUCCUCUGCCGUCUACGGUUCCCACCUCUACACCCGUUUCUCCCCAUCCAUCCUCACGCCGCUCAUGUCCCUUGCCCCAUUCUCCCGACCUCGACCCUCUCCCGGCUCAACAUCUCUCCUCCUCGAUGCACUCCACCCGAGCAAAUGGGAUAACAAAUCCAUCCCUUUCCGACUCCCCAAACAUUUGCGUCUCUUACUCGCCGACGUUUCGUGCGGUACUGACACGCCAUCUUUUGUCUCCUCUGUCCUCAAGUGGAGAAAUAACGAUAGGGAAAAGGCCGAUGAAGUGUGGGCGAGGCUGGAUAAUGCGAACAGGGCCUUGGGUAAGGUGCUGAGCGAUAUGGUGGCCGCAGAAAACGAGAUUGAUUAUGAAAAAACCAUGAUGGCCGCCUCAGAACUCACAUCGGACGAGCUUUUGAACCUCCCUACAACCCCGAGCCCUUCACGCACACUCCAUCUCCUCCACCGCCUCGCCCUCUCCCUCUCGUCCAUCCGCGCUCUGUUGCGUGAAAUGUCCGAUCUCUCGGGCGUACCCAUCGAACCAAAAGAACAAACGAGAUUGCUGGAUGCAUGCGGACAAGUCAAGGGUGUUGUAGGCGGUGGCGUUCCAGGUGCGGGCGGCUACGAUGCCCUUUACCUUCUUACCAUCGACCACCCAACCCCUAUAGCAGGUGUCGAUAAACUUUGGGCAGAGUGGACGGAGAUGGACGUCUGUCCCCUGUCCGCAAAACAGAGUGAUGGCGGGAUAAGGCAAGAACAAGUUGCGGAAGUGAAGGGUUUAAAGGAAGCGCUGGAGAGAGCGAGGAGAUGAGCCGUGCAUCGGAAGAUAGCAUAUAAGGAUAAAGGUUAAUGCCAGGCUAAUAGAUUCGUAUUGUGUUUAUACCCUGCAUGAGAUAUGCCGUUUUGACGACUUACGUGACGUGAGUCAAAUGCUCUGUGCAAAGUGAAUGAUGCUAUAUAUG